AGGAUGGACGAGGAGGCGAUGUGGAAAGGCUUUUACGAGAAGAUUCAGGAGCAAAAGCAGAAUCCACCGAACGAGCACCAGUCCAUCAUCCAAAACACAGAUGACAGUUUUUUCGAAAAGUUUGGCUCUAUCCUGCGCCAAAAGUCGAUGCAGAACGAUGAGAGUAUCCGGACCAAGCUAGCACCGCUGGCGGACGAAGACGAGGCGGAACCGACCGAUCCCUCUUCUUCUGACCUGCCACCCGUAGUCGAAGCGGAAGACAGCGGCACUGAGACGUUGCUGGACGAAAGUGACUCCGAAGAUCAGCAGGAGAAACAGGCCGAGUUUAUCGAUGAUGCGUUCGGUUGGAAUAUCGAGGAGUUGUAUGAAGAAAUCCUAUUCGAAAACCUCCACAACAUCGGCUGUGAAGAUGAGGAACUCAACGUGGACGUAUUGUUCCCCUACAUCCAGGAAGCGUUUAAGAUGUCGGACGAAAAGCACCAGGAAAUGUUGGAGGCUGCGAACAACAAGAAAGCGCCCGAGAUCCGGCUGAACGUGGAAAUCGUGGAGGCGAAGGACCUCGAACCGAAGGACUCGAACGGCCUAUCCGACCCGUUCGUCACGAUGUACAUUGCCUCGAAUCCCAAUCACCGCUACAACACCUCGGUCAAGGCGGCAACGCUCAAUCCGGUGUGGGAGGAACAUUUUUCACUACCCAUUACUGAAAAUACAAACGAUGCAAACCUCAUCGUGGAAGUCUGGGAUUUCGACCCGGCCGAAACAGUAAAAGAAAAAAUGAACAAACUCUUCGAAGUGAAAGGCGUCCGUGGGCUCCGGAAACUUAUGAAAGAAAUUGCAUCAACCGCGUCGAGUGGAAAGCACGACAACGAACUGAUCGGUCGUGCUAGCAUACCGCUGAAGUCGAUACCAGCAUCCGGGAUGCUGAUGUGGUAUAAUCUGGACAAAAAGAACAAGGUACGGCGGCAGGGAACGCUUCGCGUCAGGCUGAAUUUCAGUUCGGAGAAAAACAGUCAGGUGGCGGCUCAGGAGCAUCGGCAUUUGCUGCGCAUACUGCUGUUGCACGAGCUGGAAUCGUCCAAGGUGGCACCGUACUGGUGGUCGGGCAAGUUCACGAUCCAGGGCGAGGCGAUCCUCACACAGCACUCGGCCCAGAGCGGACUUUCCUCGACGACGGAAGCUUUCAUCCAGUGGUCCGUGUUCACCGCCAUACACCAUGAUCAUCCGCUAUCGUUCGUACUUUUCGACACGCUCCUCGAGAAGCUGGUCAACCCGAUCCAGACGCAUGCAGUCUCGGAAGAGGAACAGCGGGGCUUCUGGGAGGCAACGAAGAAGCUGCUUCCAUCAUGCUUUUCAGCGGUGCGAAAGCUUCGCAAGAAGAACACAGGAGAUAAGAUGGCCCUCAAGACGCUCGCUGGAGUGUUGAAUAUCAUCGCCAAAGUGGCGAUGCUCGAACCACCAGAAGGAACCGACCUCUUCCCGGUGGAGAUGUACCGGUGGAUCCGACGGAUGGAUCGCUCCGAACCGAACUGCGAUAUCCGCGAGGCACUGGCAAGUGCGGUCGUGUCCGGAGCGGAGGACUUUUUCGAGGGGAUCAAGGAAAGCCAUUUCCUGCAGUCGGGAACGGACGAGGAUCGGUUGCAGAACUUGAUCAAAAUCAUCCAGCUGGUCCGAUCGGACAUUCAAAAGUCGAUCGAGUACUUCGACUCGACCUUUCAACAAAUCAUGCAUUUUGCCUACACGAAAGAGCUUUACAUUUCGUACGAGUUGAAGCUGGCGGAACUUAUCAAACCUACGGUCGAGGACGUCUGUCGUAAACUAAAGCGCAUCGCGCUUCCGGAAGCUGGUCCUAUCCGUGGGAGCAACAGUGGUUUGAUCGAGUACGAAGACAUCAAUAUGGGCACGACGCUGUUCGAGCUUUACUUGGUGCUGAAGCGAUUCUGUACGCUUGGAUCCGCGCUCUGUCCGGACGAGAGUAACUUUGCAAUCGACGAAUACCAUCGGUGGUUCACGGUCGGUGUAACGCACUGGCUGGAUAUUGCUGUCUACAAGGCGCUCAUACGUAUAAAGAAGGCGAUAGAGUUGGACAAACUGCAGCCUGUCGACGAGACGGUGAAGUUCUCGUCUUCGGCCGUCGAUACUCUGGACAUUUUUCAUCAGAUCAAAAUAUUCUGGCAGCAGCUAGCCUGGCCGGAUGUCGAAGGGGCAUACAUCUUUGUGGCAAAAAUUGUUGACGAUAUCUGUCGAUGCUGUGUCUUCUACGCCGAUCAAGUGUCUGCCCGUGUGGAAAACCUGGGCAUGGUGGCGAAUGUGUUUGAGAAAAAGUUCGAGAUAACGCAGGAAUGGUGCCUUGCCAUCAAUAACAUUGACUACAUCCGCCUGAGGCUAAAACCGUUCGCCACCGAACUCGGUAUGGACGACAUCCUGUCCCAACUUGGCGGUGUGCAGAGUAGCCUGGAAGCUGAACGCUGUAAGGAAACGCUCCAGGCCGUACUAGACAACGCGAUCGACACGGAGAAGAACAAAAUUCUCGAUCUGGUGGAGAAGUUGGCGCGCAAAAUGGCUCCUGUGAUGCGUCUAUUGCUGAUCGACGGGGCUGAGCAGCUGCAGCAGGACUCUAAUGCACUCGAUCGGUUGAUGCAGUAUAUGGAGGAGUCGCUAAGUAUACUGAACGGGGAGUUAAAUGAGAUCAACUUUGAGCGUGUGCUUGACGCGAUCUGGGCCGAACUGACGACGCUACUACACGAUCUUAUUCAGAGCAAUUUGGACAAACGGCGACCACCUGCCUUCUUCGCAAACCUACGUGAUACGCUCCAUCUGAUGAUUGCCAGUUUCAAGACGACUGAAAAUCGGGAAUCGGAAACUGCGGCGGACAAGGAAACGUUGGCCAACAUUGAGCGCUUGUUGCAGUUGCACGGAUUAGAAACGACUGAUCUCAUACACCAGUAUUACUUAGAUAGGCUAGAGGAGCAAAACCACAGCGAUGCAUCAUCCGCGGCCUACGGCAUGCUGACGGUACAGUGCUUCUUUAGGGGGGACGUGCUUGAGCUAGAGAUCGUGAAUGCACGUAACCUGAAACCGAUGGACGGGAAUGGUUCGUGUGAUCCUUUCGUGCGCGUGCAUUUCCUGCCGGAGGAGCGUUUCGUAGGGGUGGCCAAACCGAAAACGCAGUGCCAUAGCAAAACACUGUUCCCCCUGUUCGAUGAGAAGUUUGUGGUAACCUUCACCCCGGAGCAGCGUUCCAUUCCGAAUGCACUCAUCAUGUUCAGCAUCAAAGAUAAGGAUCUGUUCGGUAUGUCGAACCAGUAUCUAGCCGAGUGUUAUCUAAGCUUCGACGAUAUCGCGGACAUUUCGGAGGACACGGGAAAAAUCGAACAAAAACAUCUCAUCCUAACGCGACCGCAAAGAAUGGAUAUCGAUUGCUUGCGGGCCCUCGAGAUCCGUCAGGGUGAUAAGCAGGCUAAAGAUUUCAUCAAAAGAUUGAAACAGAAAAUGAGCCAAGCCCUGGCAACCCUUUCUGUGCGUGGGACGAAAGCCAAGAUCAUCGAUUCGACCAAAACCAUGAGUACCUACUCCUUACCGCGUCUGCUAAAUGGCGGUGGAUUGAGUGGCAACAAAAAGUUUAACCUCAAGUUCGGUACGCUCCGGCUGACCAAGUCCUUUCGGAGUUUAGAUCGCCGGGAGAAACCGAUCGCUCGUCGCCACUCGGAACGCGAGGGUAGCAGUGCGGGUGCAGUCCGGAGGGCUUCGGAAAAUCCGUACAGUGUCGGAGGAUCUGGCGCGUCCGCUUCCGGGACACUUCGGCCCGGGCGCUUACCGUACCAUCCGUUUCGAGGAGUCCGGAAGGAGGAAAUUGAACAGCAGGCCAGCAAGAUUGUCCAUUCGAUGACUAUCGAGGAGCUGUACGAGGAAAUUCUGUACGAAAACCUCCACAACAUCGGCUGUGAAGAUGAGGAGCUCAGCGUGGACGUACUGUUCCCCUACAUCCAGGAAGCGUUCAAGAUGUCGGACGAAAAGCACCAGGAGAUAUUGCAGGCAGCUCGCAGUAAGGAAGCGCCCGAGAUCCGGCUGAACGUGGAAAUCGUGGAGGCGAAGGACCUCGAACCGAAGGACUCGAACGGCCUGUCCGACCCGUUCGUCACGAUGUACAUUGCCUCGAAUCCCAAUCACCGCUACAACACCUCGGUCAAGGCGGCAACGCUCAAUCCGGUGUGGGAGGAACAUUUUUCACUACCCAUUGCUGAAGAAGCAAACGAUGCAAACCUCAUCGUGGAAGUCUGGGACUUCGAUGCGGCUGAAACGGUCAAGGAGAAAAUGAGCAAAUUCUGCGAUGUGAAGGGUGUUCGAGGAUUUAAGAAGCUCAUGAAAGAGAUUGCCCUGACCGCAUCGACCGGAAAACACGACAACGAACUGAUCGGUCGUACUAGCAUUCCGCUGAAGUCGAUACCAGCAUCCGGAAUGCUGAUGUGGUAUAAUCUGGACAAAAAGAACAAAGUACGGCGGCAGGGAACGCUUCGCGUCAGGCUGAAUUUCAGUUCGGAGAAAAACAGUCAGGUGGCGGCUCAGGAGCAUCGGCAUUUGCUGCGCAUACUGCUGUUGCACGAGCUGGAAUCGUCCAAGGUGGCACCGUACUGGUGGUCGGGCAAGUUCACGAUCCAGGGCGAGGCGAUCCUCACACAGCACUCGGCCCAGAGCGGACUUUCCUCGACGACGGAAGCUUUCAUCCAGUGGUCCGUGUUCACCGCCAUACACCAUGAUCAUCCGCUAUCGUUCGUACUUUUCGACACGCUCCUCGAGAAGCUGGUCAGCCCGAUCCAGACGCAUGCAGUCUCGGAAGAGGAACGGCGGGGCUUCUGGGAGGCAACGAAGAAGCUGCUUCCGUCAUGCUUUUCGGUGGUACGAAAGCUUCGCAAGAAAAACACAGGAGACAAGAUGGCCCUCAAGACGCUCGCUGGAGCGCUGAGCAUCAUCGCCAAAGUGGCACUGCUCGAACCACCAGAAGGAACCGACCUGUUCCCGGUGGAUAUUUACGGGUGGAUCCGGCGGAUGGAUCGCUCCGAACCGAACUGGGACAUUCGCGAGGCACUGGCAAGUGCGGUCGUGUCCGGAGCGGAGGACUUUUUUCACGGGAUCAAGGAAAGCCAUUUCCUGCAGUCGGGUUCGGACGAGGAUCGGCUACAGAACUUGAUUAAGAUCAUCCAGCUGGUCCGAUCGGACAUCCAAAAGUCCAUCGAGCACUUCGACACAACCUUUCAACAAAUCAUGCAUUUUGCCUACACGAAAGAGCUUUACAUUUCGUACGAGUUGAAGCUGGCGGAACUUAUCAAACCUACGGUCGAGGACAUCUGUCGUAAGCUGAAGCGCAUCGAGCUUCCGGAAGCUGGUCCGAUCCGUGGAAGCAACAGUGGUUUGAUCGAGUAUGAAGACAUUAAUAUGGGCACGACGCUGUUCGAGCUGUACCUGGUGCUGAAGCGAUUCUGUACGCUUGGAUCCGCGCUCUGUCCGGACGAGAGUAACUUUGCAAUCGACGAAUACCAUCGGUGGUUCACGGUCGGUGUAACGCACUGGCUGGACAUUGCUGUCUACAAGGCGCUCAUACGUAUAAAGAAGGCGAUAGAGUUGGACAAACUGCAGCCUGUCGAUGAAACGGUGAAAUAUUCAUCUUCGGCCGUCGACACCUUGGCCAUCUUCUAUCAGAUCAAAAUAUUCUGGCAGCAGCUAGCCUGGCCGGAUGUCGAAGGGGCGUACAUUUUCGUCGCAAAAAUUGUUGACGACAUAUGCCGUUGCUGUGUCUUCUACGCCGAUCAAAUGUCUACAAGGGUGGAAACCCUCGGUGAGGUAGAAAACGUGUACGAGAAAAAGUUCGAGGUUACGCAGGAAUGGUGCCUUGCCAUCAACAACAUUGACUACAUUCGUCAGAGCCUGAAACCGUUCGCCACCGAACUCGGUGUUGACGAUAUAUUGUCUAAACUUGGCGACGUGCAAAGCAACCUGGAAGCUGAACGCUGUAAGGACACACUACGGGCCGUACUAGACAACGCAAUCGACACGGAGAAGAACAAGAUCCUAGAUUUGGUGGAGAAGUUGGCGCGCAAGAUGGCCCCUGCGAUGCGUCGAUUCCUGGUCGAAGGUGCCGAGCUGCUGCAGCAGGACUCUAAUUCACUCGAUCGGUUGAUGCUGUACAUGGAAGAGUCGCUAAGUGUACUGAACGGGGAGCUAAAUGAGGUUAACUUUGAGCGUGUACUGGACGCAAUCUGGGCCGAACUGACGACGGUGCUGUACGAUCUUAUUCAAAGCAAUUUGGACAAACGGCGACCACCUGCCUUCUUCGCGAACCUACGUGAUACGCUCCACCUGAUGGUCGCCAACUUCAAGACGGCUGAAAACCGCGAAUCGGAAACUGCGGCGGACAAGGAAACGCUGGCCCACAUCGAGCGUCUGCUGCAGUUGCAUGGGUACGAAACAACCGAUCUCAUACACCAGUAUUACUUAGAUAGGCUGCAGGAACAGAACCGGAACGAUGCGUUACCUUUGACCUAUGGCAUGCUGACGGUGCAGUGCUUCUUCAAGGGAAACGUACUAGAGCUUGAGAUCGUGAAUGCUCGCAACCUGAAACCGAUGGAUGGCAAUGGAUUGUGUGAUCCGUUUGUACGUGUACACUUCCUUCCGGAGGAGCGUUUUAUCGGUGUGGCCAAACCGAAAACGCAGUGCCAAACCAAAACACUGUUCCCACUAUUCGACGAGAAGUUUGUGAUAACGUUCACCCCUGAACAGCGUGCCAUUCCGAAUGCACUCAUCAUGUUCAGCAUCAAGGAUAAGGAUCUGUUCGGUAUGUCGAACCAGUAUCUAGCUGAAUGCUAUCUGGGUUUCAACGACAUCGCGGACGUUUCGGAGGACACGGGAAAAAUCGAACAGAAGCAUCUCGUCCUAACGCGACCGUAUAGAACGGACAUUGAUUGUCUUCGGGCACUCGAGUUCCGUCAGGGUGAUAAGCAGGCUAAAGAUUUCAUCAAAAAAUUGAAACAGAAAAUGGGCCAAUAAAUAGGCAAACUGAAUUGGAGAACAGCACGGAUUUUUAUAUUUAUAAUUGUUUUUCUGCCACACUAGAGGAGGAUGGAGAAAAAUCAACGAUGAUAUGCACGGUUAUACGAAUAUAAACGUAUC